CAGCUCGGCCCCGCCACUCCAGUCGGCCGCUGAGAGGCGCCCGGGGUCUGGGCCGCCGCCGUCGGGGGACCGCAUACCCGGGUGUCCCGGGCGUCCCGGGCGUUCCCGAGUGCCGGGCGGUGUCCGUCGGAUCGGUACUUGCUUGCGUGCUCUACACGCGGCGCUUAGGACCCGCCCCCCGACGCCCCUUUCUGCUCCGGGUUCAGGGUCCUCGCGGCCCAUGCGGGCCGCUGUACGUCCACACCUCACAGAGCGCUCCCGGGCCGGCCAGCCGGCCACCAUGGUGGCCUUGAGGCCUGUGCGACUCCUCCAGGGGGGCUAACAGGCCCAGAGCGCAGGCCUCGGGGCGUGGGGUCCCGAACCGAGACCCGCGCCAUGGCCGGGGCCAUCGCUUCUCGCAUGAGCUUCAGCUCGCUCAAGAGGAAGCAGCCCAAGACGUUCACCGUGCGGAUCGUCACCAUGGACGCCGAGAUGGAGUUCAAUUGUGAGAUGAAGUGGAAAGGGAAGGACCUGUUUGACUUGGUGUGCCGGACCCUGGGACUUCGGGAAACCUGGUUCUUUGGACUGCAGUACACAAUCAAGGACACUGUGGCCUGGCUCAAAAUGGACAAGAAGGUGUUGGAUCAUGAUGUUUCAAAGGAAGAGCCAGUUACCUUUCAUUUUCUGGCCAAAUUUUAUCCUGAGAAUGCCGAGGAGGAGCUGGUUCAGGAGAUCACGCAACAUUUAUUCUUCUUGCAGGUAAAGAAGCAGAUUUUAGAUGAAAAGAUCUACUGUCCUCCCGAGGCUUCUGUGCUUCUGGCUUCUUACGCUGUCCAGGCCAAGUAUGGUGACUAUGACCCCUCUGUUCACAAGCGUGGAUUUUUGGCCCAAGAGGAAUUGCUUCCAAAAAGGGUGAUAAAUCUGUAUCAAAUGACUCCAGAAAUGUGGGAGGAGAGAAUUACUGCAUGGUACGCAGAGCACCGAGGCCGAGCCAGGGAUGAAGCUGAAAUGGAAUAUUUGAAGAUAGCCCAGGACCUAGAGAUGUACGGUGUGAACUACUUUGCAAUCCGGAAUAAAAAGGGCACAGAGCUGCUUCUUGGAGUGGAUGCUCUGGGGCUUCACAUCUAUGACCCUGAGAACAGGCUGACCCCAAAAAUCUCCUUUCCAUGGAAUGAAAUCCGAAACAUCUCCUACAGUGACAAGGAGUUUACCAUCAAACCACUGGAUAAGAAAAUUGAUGUCUUUAAAUUUAACUCCUCAAAGCUUCGUGUUAACAAGCUGAUUCUGCAGCUAUGUAUCGGGAACCAUGACCUUUUUAUGAGGAGAAGGAAGGCUGAUUCUUUGGAAGUUCAGCAGAUGAAAGCCCAAGCCAGGGAGGAGAAGGCUAGAAAGCAGAUGGAGCGGCAGCGCCUUGCCCGAGAAAAGCAGAUGAGGGAGGAGGCUGAGCGCACGAGGGACGAGUUGGAGAGGAGGCUGCUACAAAUGAAAGAGGAGGCAACGAUGGCCAAUGAAGCACUGAUGCGGUCUGAGGAGACAGCCGACCUGCUGGCAGAAAAGGCCCAGAUCACUGAGGAGGAGGCAAAACUCCUGGCUCAGAAGGCUGCAGAGGCUGAACAGGAAAUGCAGCGUAUCAAGGCCACGGCCAUUCGGACAGAGGAGGAAAAGCGCCUGAUGGAGCAGAAGGUGCUGGAGGCAGAAGUGCUGGCACUGAAGAUGGCCGAGGAGUCAGAGAGGAGGGCCAAGGAGGCAGAUCAGCUGAAACAGGACCUGCAGGAAGCCCGAGAGGCAGAGCGAAGAGCCAAGCAAAAGCUCCUGGAGAUCACAACCAAGCCCACAUACCCGCCCAUCAACCCAAUUCCAGCGCCAUUGCCUCCUGACAUACCAAGCUUCAAUCUCAUGGGCGACAGCCUAUCUUUUGACUUCAAGGAUACUGACAUGAAGCGGCUUUCCAUGGAGAUAGAGAAAGAAAAAGUGGAGUAUAUGGAGAAGAGCAAGCAUCUACAGGAGCAGCUCAAUGAACUCAAGACAGAAAUUGAGGCCUUGAAACUAAAAGAGAGGGAGACGGCCUUGGAUAUUCUGCACAACGAGAACUCCGACAGGGGUGGUACUAGCAGCAAGCACAACACCAUUAAAAAGCCUCAAGCCCAAGGCAGAAGACCUAUCUGCAUUUGAGCCCUCAAAGUAGGUUAUUCCCAGCUCACCUUGCAGAGCGCCAAGUCCCGAGUGGCCUUCUUUGAAGAGCUCUAGCAGGUGGCCCAGCCACCCCAGGAUCUGCCAUAUCGGCUGUUCCCGGUACCAGUGGGUGGGUCAGACACCUUGGGGACCAUCCGUAGGUGGACUGGCUGGGAGCUUCCAUGGGAGCUCCAGAACUUUCCCAGCUGAGUGGAGAGCCAAACUCCUUCAUGUGCAAUUGCCUUGAACUGUGAUCCUGCAGAGAUUUCUCUCAUGGGGUUCUAGUUCUUCUGACCCAAAUCUUUAAUUUUAAAAAAAACUUUGUUUUUCUUUGUCUAAUGUGGGAUCCCAUGCUUCCUUUGUCCAAAGGAACAAAGUGUGUCUUACUGUCCAGUGCUGGCUUCCCUGGCCCAGUUUGAGAAGUGGAUAUAGGGUGAGGUGCAGAGGCCCCCUGGAGGUAGGAAGGCCUGCACCCCCAGCCCCACCCACACAGAGUUCCAGAAUGUUCAUCUCCUCCAUGGACAAGGAACUGUCAUGCAGUGAAGAAGCAGGGCCCAAAAGAGCCUGCCUGCUGCACGUGGUCACUGAACUCAGACAUAGUUCACUCUGAACUGAGUAGUGGUCCUUAGGCCCAGGCACCCCAAGGAGGCAUGCUGACUGCCAGCUGGUGGGGAGUGAGAACGAUCUGGGGAAGGAAUUUAGGCAGAAGCUGUGAAGGGCUGGGAAGCAAGAAGAGCUGAGUAGGGUCUGCACCAUGCAAAACAGUUGCUGCCCUCUUCUUGCCAACCCAGGCCAGGUCAAGAGGCAGACAGGGAGCCUGUGUGUCUCUCCCACGCCCUCUGCCUUAGUGGGCUGGGGGCCUCCCCAAUCAUGCUGCACUCAGCACCUGAGAGCCAGCUGUGACCAGGGCUCUAUAAGGCUCUGUGACAACCCCCAGGCACUUCUCUCACAGGCUCAGAUAAUGAGUUUUACUGAUGCCAGUCAGUUACACUCUCUCCUGGCAAGAAACAUGGCAGAUCUGAAUCACCUAUUCUCCUGGCCACGAGCCAGCAAGCCCUUCCUGACCCAUUAUUGUACCUGGGCCUGUUGUGCCCAUUACCCUGGUCUCCCACGGACCCUUUACUUUAUUUUCCCUAUGGCUAUGUGGGUCCGUCUGUGCCCCUUCAGCAAGAGCCUGAUGCAGCAUGCCCACUCCCGGCGGUGCCCAGACAUGCUGGCUCACAGCUCACCUCCAUGCCAGGCAGCAGCUGGCCACUGCCCACUCUUCAUGGUUUCCUCACUUCCUGGUGUGGAGCCUCCUCACCGUGUCUUUUCUCCAUGGUUGGUGGUGCUGCUGUGACCAAACCACAUCCAUUGAGAGCUUCCACAUGGGCCAGUGUGCAGAGCAGAUGAUCAGCCUUAAUCAGUGAGAAGAUACUUAUUAAAUGAAGACAUAUGACGGCCUGGAGCUUUCCUGAGAGCAGGGUGGUCUCUGGCAAUUCUGUUUGGUAUUGGGGAAAUGAGAAGCUCAUGGAGAUGUUGCCUUUUCUCCAAGGUCAGGCUGACCUAACGGUGUCCCGGGCUGGCCAUGGUCUUCUUGGCCCACUUUGCACCAAGGUAGUGAGCCUUUGUCCCCUCUGUGUAACCCCACUCCCCUUAGAACAUGCAGGUGGGAAUCUGCCUCUGGAACAUAAGUGUGGGUGGCUGUGACUGAAAGAAUUUCCUUGUUUCCCUCUUCCUCUAAGGCCUCUUUAUCCCGAGACAUGGUCCCAGCCAUGGGAAGGGUCCUCGUGGCUGAGGCCUCAGGACUAAGCCCUGCUUCUUGUGUUGUGGCUCCGUCUCCUCAAGCUUAAAACUCAUACCUGAAUUUCCACAGCGAGUUACUUUCCUCCCAACCUGUAAAUUUAAUCAUAACAUUGUGGGCACAGGAGCAUGUGGUGGCUUAUAAAAACAUUGUGGGCUUUAUUUUUUUAUUUAACUGCUAUGUUUGUGGCUGAAGCCCAGGAGAUGCCAAGCCGUUUGGCCUCAGGGGAGCCAGCCAGUAUCUGAUGUGACAGGAGCGCCUUCGGGCCCAGGGAGGGGACUCGGCUGCUGGCAGAGCCUACUCAUCCAGGAACACCUCCGCUCUCGCUGGAGGCAGGAGAUAGUGGCACCUCCCCCAGGAUGGAUCAGGCAGAGAGGAUGGUGGGCCUCAGUAAGUUCUUAAAGCCCCAGUGGAAUAGAAAGAAUGAAAAGGAGGAGCUCAGUUUCCAAAGACCUGCGCCUGUGGCUGAGGUGACUGUUCUUUUUAAGUGAACCUUUUUAGGGCACCGGAGCUCAUCAUGUAAGGAAAUCACUGCAGUCUGUUGCGAGCAGGGCCCAGGCCAUGAUUCUAGGGCAGGAGCACCAUGAUACCGAGCCCCUUCAUGAAGUGACAGUUCACAAUGCAGGCAGCGACACACUGCACGGCAUCACGGUUGGCCCUUAGCAGUUCUGCAUAGACCAUCUUGUCCAUCCUGGUUGAGGCCUCACCUCAGUCCCAGAGCUGCUCUGACCUGCGGUCUCCACUCAGUCCUUCAUGGAUCUGCCAGGCCCUGGUAGACAACACCCUGUGGCAUUACGUAACACUUCUUGAGUGACUGUUUUGUAAUCUUGGGGACAGGUUUCUCUCUCUCCCUCUGCCUUCUUUUUCAAAUCAAAACAGCAAGUCCAGAGGCUGACAACCAGCCUGGUGACUAAGUGUUUCUCACUGACAGGGCUGGGGGGAGCCUCCACGGCGGCAGGCAGCUCCUCCCGGCUGCACGGGCCAAGCACGGUGCCCAGGGACUUCCAGGGGAGCCUGGUGUUCAAAGAUGUCACACCGCACUUCUUCCUGCGGCCCUAGACCUGCGGCCGGACCACCCAAGGCUAUUUUCUAUUCCGGGGGAUUGUUAUAAUUUAAAUGAUUGUUUUAAUAAAAAUUCUAAGCCAUGAAA